AUGCUUUCCCGCAUAGCCCCUCGAGCUCUGCUUGCCUCCGUGCGCCCAUCCAUCCGCACACCACCCACGACUUCAACUCUCCUUCCUCGCGCCUGCGCCAUUCGCCCCAGCUCCGCCUCACAGUUCACCCGCUCCUUCCAGUCCUCCCCGGUAAUCCGCAAAGGCAUCCACCCAGAAUCAGCAGAUCCCCCAGCUCCGAACCCGCAGCCGGGCUCUGUUGCCGGAGCUGCUACCCAUGUCACUGAGCCCUCGCCAUUGACACCAGAGGAGUACUAUGAGUACUCGGAGCAUUAUUUCAAUGUGCUCCAAAGCCACCUGGAGAAAGCACAGGAGGAGGGAUCAGAUGUUGAGGCUGAGUACAGUGCUGGUGUUCUGAACGUCUCUGUUCCCGCAAUCGGCACCUAUGUACUCAACAAGCAACCACCCAAUAAGCAGAUCUGGCUCAGCUCGCCCAUCUCCGGGCCAAAGCGGUACGACUGGAUUGUCGAGGGUGACUAUAUGCACGAGAAGCAGGAUUCGCGGCCUUUCGUCAGUGGGCAGUGGAUCUACCUGCGUGAUGGGUCUAAUCUGACCGAGUUGCUGAACACCGAAUUGACCUUGCGCUUGCCCAAGGAUAUCUACAGUGAAAUCGUUGAGUAG